AGGGGAGUCAGGAGGGAGAGGCCAGCAGUUGGAGGCGUGUCAGUGAGAGCGGAGUUGGGUACUCGUCGCAGUCCUGUAUGGAUAAACUUUCUAUCACUUUUUCCUGGGUGUUGUCAGUGAAGAUUAAGCGGCCAACUAGUGUACUGGGACUCCGCACAUACCUAUAGCAGCCUCCAGCACCAGACAUCCACAGGUAAAGAACUUCCAGUGUGUGGCUGCCGAGGCUGUGCUGGUGUGACAAUGGUGGAUGCCACAACUCAGAGGGCGGGGGAUCCGUCUGGGGUGUCCUACGUGCUGGAGACGAUAUACAAGCAGCAGCAGAAAACUGAGGCUGAAAACUGGGUGGCAACAGAAAUGAUAGAACUUCUGAAGAAGAAACUUAACAUUGCCUCAGCACCAUUUCUCUCCUCGGCGGAGUACAAACUGGUGGGCAGUGCUGCAGAGAAGCUUGCCAUGUCCAGUAAGGAUGAUAAAGACCUUCUGCUAGUCCUUGGCCCGCCAUACACUCCAGAGUACUUCACGUCAGUGUAUGAGUCCCAUGGGAGGCAUUACCUGGUGUGGAACAAGCGCAUGUUCAACGGCAAGAGACCCCAGUAUGUGGGGAACACGAAGCACCUCAAAGCCUUGGCACUGAGGACCUUCAUCAAUGGCUGCCUUCAGUCAGCCCUGAAAGGGGAGAGGGUGGGCAGCUCCUUACAUGUCAGCAAGCUGGAGGUAUGGAAGCAGGCAGUGCGUGCUCACCUGAGGCAGGAUGGUGGCAAGGAGAACUUCAUUGUUGACAUCAUUCCACAGAUCAGAGGUGACAAGUGGACCAAAGUGAAAGGAGUGAAGCCCCAGAAGGAACUUGGACUUGACCUGCAGAAGACCAUCAGUGCUCUGGAGGCUUCUGGAGAAUCAAGCAUCAUGUUCUCUCUGUUUGGACCUGCUGGCACCACUCCCUACACUGUCACCACCUGCUAUGCUUUGCUGGAGAGAGAGUUUUUCCUUAAGAACAAGGCCUUGCGGGAUAUUGCAGUUUUGGCCAAGAUUAUCCUGACAGGACACAACUGGAAGAAAAGGUUCGGCUUCAAAGUAGCCCACUUAAAGAGGCUGCUCAUGGCCAGAAGUGAGCACUUCAGUGCCCUCAAACCUUGGCAGGGAAUAACACAGUUGCUGUCUCUCGCUGAGUCACAGCUUCGUGAUGGUUCGCUGGAGGGAUUCCCAGAUCUCAACUCAGACCUCAUGUGGCACAAGACUGAUGAGGACUGUCAUGGUAUUGCCAGAGCAAUAGCAGAUGUCAUGAUGACCCUUGACCCACAAUACCUUGCCAUGUACCUGUGCUAAUCAUUUUGCUAGGGUUGGGGCAAGUAUUAUCAAAACAAAGAAUUGGUCUUUCAUAGUGUUAUGAAUUUAGGCAGCAAUAUUUAUGUUCCUUCUGGGGAAUGAAAUAUACAGUAGGUUCUUGAUUUACACAAGGGAAGUUUAUGAAGUCAGCACAAAUGUGUGACUUUCACAUAAUUCAAACAACACAAGUUCUAAAAAUAUUAGAAUACAGGGUUGCAAUGUGUAUUAUUUCAAGUUCACAAAUUUACAAAUAAUUUUUUAUAAAUUUGUAUAUAGUAUAUAUCUAUGUCAAAACUACUGUAUAUUGCUUUUAUUUGGAUUGUACUACAAUGUAGGUAUUGCAUACGUAUUUUUGAAUGAAACACGAGAUUACACAAGUCAGAUGAGUGAGAGAAGUGACUCAUCCUUCCUGCACUGUGGGGUGAAGAACACUUCAAGGAUCAAAAAGUUCAUUGUGCGAGGAAUUUUUCACUUUAUUUCUUUUAAACAGUGUGAUGUUUUUUACGGAUUUGUUGUCUACAACAUUCAGGAUAAAUAACACAGCAAGUGCAGCAGCAAACUAUUUCCUUUCAGUGUGUUGGCACAGAGGCCUUGCCUUUCAUUGUCAAGGGUCUGGAAUAAAAAGGUAAUGUAAAAACUAAAAGGAAAAAUAUACCAAUGAAGCUGUGUAAAGAGGACAUGCUGACACAGUGCUCAGACAAGGAGGCAAAGUGCAGGGACUCUAUAAUUCUAAUUUGGUACUGUUACCAGUCUUAUUGAAAGUUUGGAACUGUUACCCAUAUCUUUUUCAGUAAGACUCUGGUAACAGUACCAAACUACAAUUAUACCCAUAUCUUUUUCAGCAAGACUCUGGUAACAGUACCAAACUACAAUUAUAGAGUCCCUGCACUUUGCCUCCUUGUCUGAGCACUGUGUCAGCAUGUCCUCUUUACACAGCUUCAUUGGUAUGUUUUUCCUUUUAGUUUUUACAUUACGUUUUUAUUCCAGACCCUCGACAAUGAAUGGCAAGGCCUCUGUGCCAACACACUGAAAGGAAAUAAAUUAUUUGCCACACAUUUAGACAAAGCUCUCUCUCUCUCUCUCUCUCUCUCUCUCUCUCUCUCUCUCUUUGUGCCUGCGUGUUCCUCUCUUGGUGAUUAGUAGUGCCUUAUCCUUUGCUUUGCAAUGUUACUUGAUAGAAGUUUCCUGCAAAGAAACAACAGUAUGUUAUUUACUUAAUUUCUGUAAGUAAAUGUAUAUUGAAUUUGUGGAACCUACUUCAUCAAAUAUAAGUUUUGGCUCAGUUGCUGGGCUUCGAUUUUAUAGCUGGGCUUUGAUUUUAUAGCUUUUUUUUUAAGUGAUGCAGAAUGUGCCUUUGUUGCCUUACGUAGUCAUGAAGGUUACUGCUCAUACUGUCUGAGGUUAUGAUUUGAUUUUUGUUAUAAAUACAAGAUGAAAUGUAUUUUACAGAUAAAGUAUUUUGUUAUUAGGUGCUGAAAAUGCAUAUCAGAUUCUACUAUAUAAAAUUUGUAUUCAUAUAUGUACUUAAGUGCAUUGAAAUAUAUCUAGAUUUAUUUA